AUGAAACUAUUGUAUAUUAAUAUAACAUAUUGUCAAAUUAAAAAAGAAAUAUGUUCAAGUAUUUGGACUUUUGUUGAUGCAUCAAAAUCAACUAAUUCGAAUAUUAAUGAUUCACAACGAAUGCAUAUCGUUAAACAAUACAUAAAAAUAGGUGCAAAUGUAAUAGAUAAAAUCUUAUCAGAUUUUUGUUGUACCGGUGAUCAAUGUAUAAUUAUACCAAAUCGAACAUAUGUUCAAAUUAAAAGAAUUUAUUAUAAUAAUCCUCAAACUGAUUUUUGUAUUUGUGGACCAUAUGUUCAACUUAAAUUAACAAAUGUUAAACAAAAUAUCUCAUCUGGAUUAAUUUUAUGUAAUGCUGAAAAUAAAACACAUGGAAUAAGUCGAGUUUUUGAUGCACAAGUUGCUAUAAUUGAUUGUAAAUCAAUUAUAUGUCCAGGUUAUUUGACUGUUCUUCAUAUUCAUUCAGCUAUUACUGAAGUUCAAUUGAAAAAAUUGUUUUGCUUAAUUGAUUUUAAGAUAGACUAUGAAAUUGAACAAAAACCAAAAUUUAUAAAGCAAAAUCAGUUGGCGAAAGCAAGAUUUGAAUUAUUACAAUGUAAUCAUGUUAUAUGUCUGGAACGAUUUAAAGAUUGUCAUCAACUUGUUAAAUUCACACUUCGAUGUGAUGAUGAAACUGUUGCUGUUGGAAACAUUCUACAAAUCAUUGAAUGA